AUGGCCACUGUCUUUAAACAACAAAAGAGCAAGAGGGACAAGGCCCAGGGUGUGGUCGCCAAGGACUCAGAAGAGACGCCCGUCUUCAAGAACAAGCAGCGAGUGCUCUUGCUGUCUUCCCGUGGAAUCACUUCUCGCCAUCGCCACUUGCUGACUGAUCUCGGCAACCUGUUGCCCCAUACCAAGAAAGAUGCCAAGCUGGACUCGAAAUCAAAACUUUAUAUCAUCAACGAGCUCGCCGAUCUCAAUAACUGCAACAACUGCGUCUUUUUCGAGGUCAGAAAGAGACAGGAUCUGUACAUGUGGCUUUCAAAGACCCCUAAUGGCCCCAGCAUGAAGUUCCACAUUCAAAACAUCCACACAAUGGAGGAGCUCAAGAUGACUGGAAACUGCUUAAAAGGAUCUCGCCACAUUCUCUCUUUCGAUAAAAACUUUGAGAGUUCACCGCACUGGAUGUUGAUGAAGGAGCUGUUCACACAAGUUUUUGGCGUCCCCAAGACAGCACGCCGGAUCAAGCCCUUUAUCGAUCAUGUCAUUUCCUUCUCCAUUGUCGAUAACCGCGUCUGGUUCCGCAACUAUCAAAUCACAGAAAAGCCUUUGGAGCACCGCUCUGCAACGGAUACCACCGACUUGACACUUGUCGAGAUCGGACCCCGCUUUGUCAUGAACCCUAUCCGCACCUUUGAUGGAUCUUUCGGAGGACAGACCGCCUUUGAGAAUCCAGAAUUCGUGAGCCCUAAUGUCGCAAGAUCCAACAUCAGGAAUGCAAAAGCUGGUCGCUACAAGAGCCGCAUGGAGGCAUUGGCCAAGAGAGACCAGAAACUCAAGGAGUCAGAGUUGCCAGAGGAUCCCUUGUCCGAGAAGAAUGUCUUUGCAUAA